AUGAAGAGAAAGGCAGAAGGCCAGGCCGGUGGCAAGCAAGCCAGCAGCAAAAAAUCCAAACACUCUCUCUCGGCCGGGGAGGCACAGAAGCGGUUCCGAAGCGGCUUAUUCGACAAGUCUGUGUUGGACUCGUACACUCGUGAAUAUGCCACCUCUUCACCCUACAAGCACGCCGUGAUCCACGAGCUGGUCGACGACAAGCUGCUGCGCUCUGUGCGAGCGGAGGUCCGCGAAAACGUGCAAUUCACUCUCAAGGAGACCGACAUUUACAAGAUUCACCAGUCUGGAGACUUGGCCAACUUGGAUGGCCUUGACGACGAGUCGUUGGCCAAGCUGCCGUCUUUGCUGGCCCUCCGAGACGCGAUUUACUCCGAGACGUUCAGAGACUAUGUUUCCGGCAUCACUGGCUGCGGUCCGCUGAGUGGAAGGAAGACUGACAUGGCAAUCAACGUGUACACACCGGGCUGCUUUCUCCUCUGCCACGAUGAUGUCAUUGGCAGUCGCAGAGUCAGCUAUAUCUUGUACCUGACUGAUCCCGACAAGCCGUGGCAGCCGGAAUGGGGCGGUGCUCUGCGCCUGUUCCCCGUAGAGGAGAUGACGAACAAAGACGGCCAGGUGGCCAAGACGCCGCUGCCCGACGUUGUCAAGGUGAUCCCCCCGGCCUGGAACCAGCUCAGCUUCUUUGCUGUCCAGCCGGGGGAGAGCUUCCACGAUGUGGAGGAGGUGUACCACGCCGCAACCAAGGAGCAGCUAGACGAGGACAGUGGGCGAGUUCGCAUGGCCAUCAGCGGCUGGUUCCAUAUCCCCCAGCUUGGAGAGGAGGGCUACAUCGAGGGCGAGGAGGAAAAGAACGCCAAGAACAGCAGCUUGAUGCAGCUCCAGGGCAACCCGGCGCAGUACGACGCCCCCCAAGCCAAGCCCGUCAAGAUUGACAACCCCACGUCUAGCCAGGACGAUUUUGAAGAGGACGAUUUGGAGUUCCUGCUCAAGUACAUUGCGCCGACAUACCUGAUGCCCCAGACGCUCGAGCAGGUCUCGGAGCACUUUGAGUACAACUCUAGCAUCACGCUGUCAAACAUCCUGUCCAAGAAGUUUGCCCAGCGAUUAAAGGACUAUAUCCAAGAGCAGGAGAAGCAGACUCUCCCGCAGGACAGCAAAGCCAUCGAAAAGUCCUCGCCCUGGAAGGUGUCCCGGCCCCCGCACAAGCACCGCUAUCUGUACCAGCGGCCCAGCGAACCAGACCAGCUGCGCACAUCCCAGGAGGAAUCUCCCAUCACCGAGCUCCUCGACAUACUUCUGCCCAGCAGGCAAUUCCGCCACUGGCUUCAAAUCGCCACAAAGUGCACCGUCCAAAGCCACGACCUUGUUGCGCGCCGCUUCCGCCGCGGCGCCGAUUACACCCUCGCCACAGGACAUGAAGGCAAGGCCCGGCUCGAGCUCGGCCUGGGCAUGACGCCAACGGACGGUUGGGGAGACGAUGACAAACAGGAGAAGAAGAAGGAGCUCCAGGUCAAAGGCAAAGGUAAAGCCAAGGCCAAGGCCAAAGCCGAGCAAGAGCUACCGUCCAAACAGGAUGGGGAGGACGACCAGGUCGGCGGCGUGGAAAUCUACAUGGCCGGCGACGAGGACGAGGACGAAGAUGCCGCUGUAUACAACACCUUCGGGGACGACGACAAUAUCCUCUUCUUCCAGCCUGCGUCAUGGAAUGAGUUGACUAUUGUGCUGCGGGACAGUGGCGCCCUCAAGUUUGUCAAGUAUGUGAGCAGGAAGGCCAAGGGCGAUAGGUGGGAUAUCUCGGGCGUCUUUGAGAUAGAAGACCUUGACGAUGAAGAUGAGAGGGAGGUUGAGGGGGAGGACGGCAAUGGAGAGAUUGCUGCUGGUCCUGCAUUGGGCGAGUCAGAUGAUGAGGAUGAGUUCCAAGGGUUUUCGUACUCGGAGGGAAGUGAGUCUGAUUAA